AUGAUGUCGAGGCUGUUGGUGCUCGGUGCCGGUGAGCUUGGCACAGCGUGUGCACUGUCGCUGGUGGCAAACAUGGAAAAGAGGGACCCUCAGGCGCGGGCCGUCGUCACUAUGUGUGCCCGCGACAGGGAGUACCUGCACGAGCUACAAUUCGGCUCACAAACGUUUCGAAUGUUUGACAGGAACAUCCGCGUUCCAUCGGAGAUGUCCUUCCAAGUCAUGGGUGAGGAACCAGUAAAGAAAGCAGCGUACUGCGAGGCGUCCUUUCUCUGUAUACCUGUCUCGUGUUUCAUGGAAGAAAAGAGUAGUACACCGCGAGAGGAGACAACAGCUGGCUUGCGUGAGUGCCUCAUAAGGCAUGCGAAUGCGCCGCUCUUUGUUUUUUGCCGGGGAUUUUCACGGGAGGGGCUAACGCCAGUGGAGGCAAUAAACCGCGUUAUUUGUCCUCAGCCGUCGAAGGUCGCCGUCGUCUCGGGGCCGUUGUUUGCAAAGGAAUGGGCUGCAGCAUCGGUGCUCGAGAACAACGUCACCAGCAGCAGCCAUACCACUAAUAGCAACAGUGGGGUAUCUCUUGCCUUUGCCAUGGCUGAUGGAACGGAUGCAGAAACAAUACAAGCCAUGCGGAAUCUAUCGCAGCGACUGUGGCAACGCGAGGGCGUCACGUGGUUAACAGAGCCGAAUGCUGCAGGAAUUCUUUCCUUUAUCAACGGAUGUUUCCCGUUGUGUUGUAUGGGAGCUGGAAUGGUGAGCAGUGAGUAUCCCGCCUCUGUUUCAGCAAUGAUGUCCUACAUGCAGCAUGCCAUCAGUGCAACGGAACAACUCGUGAAUCAGGCCUUUUCCCGUCCACAAGGCACUCCUUUGCCUGCAUGUGCGGUGGCAACCCUAGCAAUGGCGUGCACGAAUCAUGCAUCACGCGAGUUUGUUUUUGGGCGACACUUAAACUAUCAUUUUCGUCAUCGUGACGCUAUUCGCGCUGUUUUUCCAGGGAAUUCAUGCGAGUUGUUGGACGCAACAGUGGCUGGAAUUCACACACUGUUAAAGCGGUUAUCUUUCUCGUCACCGUUCUAUGAGGUGUUGAUGGAUGCAUUUCUGACGGUUUUGCGGGCGUCCGUGGCGGGGCGGGGUCUUGUGAAGUCAGGGUGUUACGACUACCGUGACCAUGUCUGCAUGGAGGAUGCCCCGCUGCUUCAGCAUGCACUGGCGGUGGACGAUGCAAUGCUUUCAGGCGAUGAAGAGGGCUUCAAUAAAGCUUGCCAGACAUUGGCCAUGGUGUUUAGCAGUCCUGUGGCGCCACCGUCAAAGUUGUGA